AUGGACAAUGCAACUUUCAGCAUGGAUAUUCUCCAGUUGGAGGGGUUAAAGGUCAGCCCUGAGUCCUCCUUUCCUGCCUUCAUCCUCCUCCUCCUCAUCUACGUCUUCAUCAUGGUGUCCAACUUCGGCCUGGUGGUGCUGAUCUUCGCAGACAGGAGCCUCCACCUGCCCAUGUAUCUACUCUUCUGCAACAUGAGCAUCAAUGAUGUUUUUGGGGCGACGACCAUCAUCCCUCCCUUGCUGAGUGACGUUUUUAUUCCAAUCACAGACCGGUACAUUCAUUAUAACGAAUGUGUCGUUCAGGCGUUUUGUGCUCACUUUCAUGCGAGCGCCUCUCACACAGUGCUCAUGAUCAUGGCUUUUGAUCGUUACGUGGCCAUCUGCAACCCGUUGCGGUACACCACCAUCAUGACAACCAGGAUUGUGGUGUCGCUGUCGCUGUCAGCCUGGGCGGUGGCUUUAUUUAUGGUGGUGAUCCUGGUGGGCCUCAGCGUCCGUUUGUCGCGCUGCAGGUGGGUCAUACUCAACCCGUUCUGCGACAACGCGUCCUUGUUCAAACUGUCUUGUGAAAGCAUUCUCAUCAAUAACAUCUAUGGUCUCGGCUACACGGUGGUGCUGCUGGGCUCGUCCCUCGGCAGCAUCAUUUUCACCUACCUGAGGAUCGCCAUGGUGUGUUUGAGUAGUAAGAACAAAGCUCUGAACAGCAAAGCGCUUCAGACCUGCACCACCCACCUGGCUGUUUACAUCAUCAUGUUCGUGUCAGGCUGCAUCAUCAUCAUUCUCCAUCGUUUCCCCGACUUGUCAGACCACAGGAAGAUGGCUUCCAUCUUGUUCCACGUGGUCCCUCCUGCUCUGAACGCUGUUAUCUACGGACUGCAGAUCAAAGCAGUCAGAGAAAAGUUCUUCAUAAGGUUUACCAGGAAAAAAACAAAUAUGACAAAAUGA